AACGGUCGCGUUCGGGUCGAUUCCACGUCGCUCGUCCGUUUAUUCGAAUCAAAGUGCGGAUCUCUUAAUCGACGUAUAUUAUAGCGCUACCUCUAUCUGAAUCUGAGGAAGGAGCCAGCACUUUGUGGGUGAAAUAAAAACAAAGCUAACGAUGACGGAGCAAACAAGGGCUGCUGCCUAAACAGAAAAAGAGACUUUCGCAAGAGGCCAAGUGGCAAAAGCAAAAAAAAUAAAAAAUAAAAAAUUAAAAGACGAAACGUAAGCUCACACUUAAGCUCAAGUUCACUGCCAAGCUCCACCAGAGAGAGCGGACAGCAAGCCAAAAGCUUGCAGCGAAAAGCUUUGGCACCCAAAACCGAGGGUAUCCAAGUGGAAUAAAAUGAGUAACGAAUCUUCAUCAGCAAGUGAAACAACACCGCUGCGGCGGCCCGAGACUCAAGCGACCGACAACGUGGCCCACAGACAGACAACGGUGACGGUUAUUAACAAUACCAAUAAUAACAAUAACUACGGAGAUAGUACAGUGGCGGUGCGUUUGCAAGGCGGAGACGGCUUAGUAGUACAGCAGCAACAAGAGCAGGAGCAGCUGCCACAACCACCUACAGACAUGGACACCAACAAGCGAAUUCUCUGCCGCGUUGGCCUGGAUAUAUUAAUAUUACUGUGCGUUGGUUUCCCCAUACUAAUAUUCUUUUUGCUGGGCGAUCCCUACAAAAGGGGCUUCUUCUGCGAUGACGAGUCACUGAAGCAUCCAUUCCAUGACUCCACCGUACGGAAUUGGAUGCUAUACUUCAUUGGAGUGGUGAUACCAGUUGGCGUGAUAGUCAUCGUGGAGGUCAUAAUUGCCCAGAGCAAGGCCAGGCGUAAUAAUGGCAACUCCAGCGGGCGUAGGUAUGUCUUUAUGAACUACGAUCUACCCGAGUGGCUCAUCGAAUGCUACAAGAAGGUGGGAAUCUAUGCCUUUGGAGCUGUGGUCAGUCAACUGACUACGGAUAUAGCCAAGUAUUCCAUUGGCCGGCUGCGUCCUCAUUUUAUGGCGGUGUGCCAGCCCGUGAUGCCCGAUGGCUCCACCUGCGACGAUCCCGUGAAUGCGGGCAAAUACAUUCAGGAGUUUACGUGCAAGGGUGUCGGCUCCUCGGCUCGCAUGCUCAGAGAGAUGCGACUCUCCUUCCCCAGCGGCCACUCUAGCUUUACCUUCUUUGCCAUGGUCUAUAUGGCGUUGUACCUGCAGGCACGCAUGACGUGGAAGGGCUCCAAGCUGCUGCGUCACUUCCUACAGUUCCUCUUCAUCAUGGUGGCCUGGUAUACGGCUUUGAGUCGAGUCUCAGACUACAAGCAUCAUUGGUCCGAUGUGCUGGCGGGAUCACUGAUUGGCUCCACGUGCGCCUUGGUUGUGGUCAACUUUGUCUCCGACUUGUUUCAAAAACCCAGCACGAAAUCCUAUUUGCCGCGUACAGCGCAAGACAUGAAUGCAACCCAAGGGCCAACGCCGCCGAAUCAGGGUAUCCGUGUUACCACAAACUAACCCGUUAAAGGAGCAGUGCCUCACAACUAUUACAAAUUCCAUGAGUUGUAGCCGAAGCUGCUCUCGAUUUCUGUCCGGAUUUCUUUAUCGGCCAAGCCAAGCUUUGCUAAAAAACCGAUUAAUAUAUUUAUGAAUGAAUUUGCAUUUUGUGUGCGUGAGUGUGUGAUCUGCAAGUGCACUUAGGUAUGUCCUUAAGUGUCCUUAAACGUAAGCUAGCGCAAUUGAGAGAGAUAUAAUAUCCAACUGUGUGGGACGAUAUUUAUUUUACUAUUUAAUUAAGCAAUUUUAAACUGACGCAACAAUUUCCACAAAAACAAGUGACCUUCGAGAAAAAGAGCUGCACAAAUAUGUAAUAAAAAGAAGCGAAGGAAACAACAAGUAUUAUUUGUAAACUGAGAAUUAAGCCUUUGGAUACGAAAAUAUAUUUUAAUUAGUUCUAAGAUGAUCUUAAAAUAAAUAAGUUUAAAUUAUGACUUUAA